GUGACUAAUGAGAUCAAGAAGGAGAUGGCUGAGAUGGGUGAAAGAACCAAUAGUUUAGAAGCUCGCUCGGAUAAAAUCUGCCAUGCACAGAACAAACUAGCGGAGAGUAUAGCUUCCCAUACCGAUGAAUGCAAGUUACUAAAGAGGAAAUUGGCGGAUCUGGAGGACCGCUCAAGGUGGAGUAAC